GGGAGUGUUUUUGUUCGCGGCAGCACCAAUGAGGCUGCCUGAGGACUGAAGCUGACAUACUCCCUCCUCACACGGACACAUUGGGUGUGAGGGGAAGCGGGGCCGCACGGAUGGAGCUGGAAAACAUUGUGGCCAACACGGUGCUUCUGAAAGCCAGAGAAGGUGGUGGAGGGAAGAGGAAAGGCCGCAGUAAAAAAUGGAGGGAGAUGCUGAGGUUACCCCACAUCAGUCAGUGUGAGGAGCUGCGACAGACCAUUGAAAGGGAUUAUUACAACCUGUGUGACAAGCAACCAAUUGGAAGAACCCUUUUCAGGCAGUUCUGCGAGACCAGAGUUGAAUUGAAGCGAUGCAUUGAAUUCCUGGAUGCAGUGGCAGAUUAUGAAGUGGCUCCGGAUGAGAAGCGUCGAGAUUGCGGACUCCAGCUUUUAGAGACCUACUUCAACAAUGGGUCAGUAGCUCAUUUACCUGAAGUGCCUGUGGAAAUGGUGAAGCAGUGCAAAGAGAAAUUGGAGGAAAGUCCUUGUAAGGAAAUCUUUACAGAAUGUGUGAAAGCUGUCCAUGAUUAUCUAAGUGAUAAACCAUUCACGGAAUACCAAGAAAGUAUGUACUUCUCACGAUUCCUACAGUGGAAAUGGUUAGAAAGGCAACCUGCAACAAAAAACACGUUUCGACAUUAUCGAGUACUCGGAAAAGGAGGAUUUGGUGAGGUGUGUGCUUGUCAGGUCCGCGCCACAGGGAAGAUGUAUGCGUGUAAGAAGCUGGAAAAGAAGAGGAUAAAAAAACGUAAAGGAGAGAACAUGGCGUUAAACGAAAAGAAGAUUUUAGAGAAAGUUAACAGUAGAUUUGUUGUUAGUUUAGCGUAUGCCUAUGAAACAAAGGAUGCACUUUGUCUGGUACUAACCAUAAUGAAUGGAGGGGACCUGAAGUUUCACAUUUAUAAUAUGGGCAACCCUGGUUUCGAUGAGAAGAGAGCAAUAUUCUAUGCUGCUGAGAUCUGCUGUGGCCUGGAGGACUUGCACAAAGAGAGAAUUGUGUACAGAGAUUUGAAGCCAGAGAACAUUCUACUGGACGAUCAUGGGCACAUCAGGAUUUCUGACCUGGGUUUAGCCGUACAGAUCCCAGAGGAUGAGACGAUUCGGGGGAGAGUUGGAACUGUUGGUUACAUGGCUCCGGAGGUUAUCAACAAUGAGCGUUACACAUUCAGCCCUGACUGGUGGGGACUCGGCUGUCUGAUUUAUGAGAUGAUUCAGGGUCAGUCACCUUUUCGAAAGCGUAAGGAGAAAGUGAAACGGGAGGAGGUUGACCGACGUGUCAAAGAGGAUAUGGAGGAAUAUUCUGACAAAUUCUCAGAAGAGCCACGUUCCAUCUGUAGGAUGUUGCUGACUAAAGAUCCAAAGCAACGAUUGGGUUGUCAAGGAGGGGGAGCUUGUGAGGUCAAGCAACAUGCGAUAUUCCGACACAUCAACUUCAAACGACUUGAGGCAAACAUGUGGGACCCUCCUUUUGUUCCAGAUCCCAGAGCAGUUUACUGCAAAGAUGUCCUGGAUAUUGAACAGUUUUCCACAGUCAAAGGGGUAAACCUGGAUCCGACAGAUGAUGACUUUUAUUCCAAAUUUGUUACAGGCAGCGUCUCCAUUCCUUGGCAAAAUGAGAUGAUUGAUACAGAAUGUUUUAAGGAGGUAAAUACCUAUGGGACUGAUGGGACAUUAUCACCAGUACUGGACAGCAACAAGCCGAACCCACCUCCAAAACGAGGCCUAUUGUACAGGUUUUGCAGACGAGAGGUCUGUUUCAAGAGUAGCUUCAGUGACGAUGAAGAUGACCCUUCAAAAACUCUGUAGCUGCUGACCACAUGUCACCA